AUGCUGGAGAUUCGAGAAUUGCGACCACUUCUAGCAAUUCUUAAUGAAGACGAUAAAGCACUGGAGCAAGUAUUGAGUAUGUUUCUACAUACAUUUACCAAGAGUGAUCACUUUAAAGUGGGCUGUACGAUUUGUAUUUUGCUCCAGGAUAAUUUGCUUACGAGUUCACAGCGCAUUGUGGGCUUUUCGAUCUUGAGUGAUCUGUACCGUAUGGAAGGCACGACGACGAACCCGUUCUUGCCCGUGUUUCUGGAUGCAUUAGAGAAGGGCUGUGAUUUGUACGAGAAGAAGUUUAUUGUAUACUUGCUAUCGGCUCUAGGUGCUAUUCGUGAUUCGAGCAAGAAGACGGCGAAGGAAUUGAUGGAAGAGUUUCGAGCAAACCCAUUGCAAACGAUUCAGUUUGAUGUAGAAGCCAUGAGAAAAAGCUACUUGGAACGCACGCCGUCAGUACCACAGUUUCGUGCAGCUGGUAUCCGCAACGUCGUUACCGACACGGAAUUUGAUCUGCAAGAGCACGUGAACAAUGGCGCAAAUCUGCAGGUGCCUCCCAACGAAGUGAGUUCAUUGAACCUGCCGUGUUUUGAAGCACUUUCGUUGGAAGAAAUGAGUUUGCUUGAUGAUACUGACGCAGCGACCAGUACCACCACUGCAUCACCAAGUUCUGCUGCUAGUGCAUCAUCGUCAGGGUCCCUGUCAUUGCUGAGCUUUGAACCGACAUUUUUGCGUCUUCCCCCACCAAUUUUAGAACCAGAUAUGACCGAGUUGAUUUGGUUAAACCCGGACUACUGCCCGACAGUAUUGUGGGACUCAACAAUGCUGGAUUCGACGCACGGAAUUGCUCUGCGUGAGCUUAUGUUUCGUGCAUUUCAGAAACCGUUAGUGCCUUCGUUGCAACAAAAAGUGCUUGCAGAUCUUGAAGCGGAUCCGAAGCUUGUGUAUCACUGCUCACUAACGCCACAGCGUUUGCCAGAUUUAGUGGAAAACAACCCGAUGUUAGCUAUCGACUGUCUUUUGAAGCUCAUGUCGUCCAACCAGAUUACAGAAUACCUGUCAGCACUAGUGAACAUGGAUAUGUCACUACAUUCAAUGGAAGUCGUGAACCGCCUGACAACGGCAGUGGAUUUGCCCACGGAGUUCAUCCACCUGUACAUUUCCAACUGCAUUUCCUCGUGCGAGAACAUUAAGGACAAGUAUAUGCAAAACCGCCUUGUGCGCCUUGUGUGUGUCUUCCUGCAGUCGCUGAUCCGAAAUAAGAUCAUUAAUGUGCAGGACUUGAUCAUUGAAGUGCAGGCUUUUUGUAUCGAGUUUAGUCGUAUUCGCGAGGCAGCUGGGCUGUUCCGCUUAUUGAAGACGCUGGAGUGA